CUGUACCUACAAACACGCCACCAAAGACCAUCAGGCUUUAGGACCCUGUGAAACACUGAUGCUCUACCGACAAGAGCAGGAGAGAGGGAGAAGCGUGGGGGGUGGAGUGGAGCGCAAAAAGACAGUAGAUGAGGAAAAGAGAGAUGUGGAGAGAGAAGAGGAGAGGAAGAUGUAAGGUGCCGCUUCACUGCUGUACUUUAAGAAGUCUCGCCAGGGGGACUUAGAAGAGCACUGCUGGUAUAAAUACCCAGCAUAAACAGGAUUAAAAGAGCAACUACUGACUCCAUCAGAGAAGUGUGAAGUGAGAGAGACAGGCAGAGAGAGAGGGAGAGAGAGAGAAUAAAGUGUAAGCAUCAGCUUCAGCAGUGUGUCUCCAGCUUGCUUUACUACAACACUCAACUUGGAAGACAAGAGCUGUCACUUUUCAAACGGCUUCAAGUGAACUCUUUCAGUCUAACAUCAUUCCAUCUCUCUAUCUCUACACUAGAAAAAAAAUAGACUGAUAUGGAGAAUAUGUAGUGGUGCUGAAGUUCAGUGUGGGAUUCCUCUGCUUUGCUUCACUCAGUUCAGGAGCGCUGGGAGACACACACAAACAGACUUCACGGACUCAAGAGUUCAGCAUCAGAUUAAAAAGCGCAGUCCAAGUGCCAACAUGAGAGGUGAGAGGUGCUGGACGAGACUCUGAGAGACGCCGUGUGGCUGGGAAUGUGUGGCGCAUAAAAAAUACAGGUCCCCACAAGAGCUUUCUGGUCUCAGCCGGUGCCAUAAAUCGAUAGCUGAGAACUCGGGUUUCUUCAUCAAGAUAUUUCUACUGGGGUACAAACAGAAUGAUAUUCUUGAGCACUUGCUGACCAGAAUCUGCACUCCAGAGGAUACUAUUUUUGUGGAUGUCUGAAGUCUUUUUCGCACUGCGGCUCUGAAAAACAUUGGCAGACUAAAAGAAUAUAUUUAUAUAUAGCUGAUAAUACUGAUAAGUCUUUCAGCUGCCUGUCAAGGAUCCUUUUUUUAACGCUUACGCUGACACUUUUGGCACUUCAGAGACUAUUCCUAUCAGCUUUGGUCUGUCUAAAUCAUAGCUAUUUUUAUUCCUCCACAUAUUUAGAUGAAAAGUCUCCCACUACAGAACCAUUUGUGUCUACUUGUCUGAAUGGUUGAGAGCAGAAGGGAGGUUCACGCUUAACAUUUUCCCAUUUUCACAACCUGUCUACAGUCUGGUGCUAAUCAUGGUUUUUCAUCACCAGAACUGACUUCCAUCUUUUUUUCAUGCAAAGUGAAACACAUUAGCAUAUUUAUGGGCUGAGAUAUAUCAAAUUGUGUACAGUGUGCUACAUGGAUCCCGCGUUCAGUCAUCAAACGAAGGAACAAAUAUCUUGCGACGUGAAGAAAAUGGAAUAUUCAAGAGCUCUGCGCACUUAAAGACGUGACAUAAGGCAGAACCUAGGAUGUGAUGGAGAACAUGAGUUAAAUUCCCUUCUUUAUGCUUGAAUCUGUGUGUAAUUAGCCAAAAUAUAUUUAUUUGUGUUACUGUUUUUAUAUUAAUGACGCAUUCAUAAGAACACUAUUAUUGGCCAGAUCAGCCAAGAAGCAUCAGUUGAUGUCAAAUCUCACAAGAUGGAGAAUUUGGAUGAACUAGAACAUCCAUUGUUGGCUGACAGCCCUAAAAACUCAAGUGAAACAGGCACCAAUAGCGGUGGACUGUUAAAAGGCAUAUUGGUGAGAAACGAGGAGGAUAAAAGACUGCCCCCGCUGGACUGGAGGAAUUAUUGCAGUUCUACAGAUAUUCAACAGCAGCAGCUACUGGAUCCAUGUUCGCUGCCCAGCACACUAGAGAGUUUUUAUCCUCCUACAACCAUCUGGGCCGCUGCUGACUCUCUAGGCAUCCACAGUAAGGAGUAUCUGGAAACCACUUUUGUGGACAUUGGCCCUGGUUCACCACUGGAAAGGAAAUUACUGGCAGAGACGAGAGAUGUCCAUAGUGUAUCCUACAGCAUAGAUGAUGGGGAUGACCUCUUGCCAGAUUUUGAGGACUCCUCCAGUGAUGACUUCAGUGAUACAGACAGUGAGAGCAACUUUCCCAUCAUGAUCCCUCAAGAUUACCUGGGUCUGGCUUUCUUCUCCAUGCUCUGUUGUUUCUGGCCUCUGGGCAUUGCUGCGUUCUAUCUUUCCCAAAAGGAGAAGGACAUCCACGGAAGAGUACAAAGAGGAAGAGGGAGAGCCGAUGAUGAGAACCAUCUGACUUUGAUUCCAGCCGGUAAGUGAAUGAAGGAGGUGAGUUUAUAUAGUGCAUGGGUGAUUGCAGGUGCAGGUGCAGGUGCAGGUGCGGUGAUCAGUAAUCAGGUGAUUGUUCACGGGUUUAGUGAGUGGUUGAUGGUGAGGGAGAGCGGUGAUUGGUGCUGCAGGAAUGAGCCGAGGGUAUGACAGUACCACACCCCCUCCACAGGUGACUCCAGGCACCCUAGAUCACUGGCGAGGAGGACCACGCCCUCGGGAAGCUGGGUGUUCUGGGUGUCGGUGGUGAAAUUCCUUAUGGAGUGUCGGAUCCAGGGUGUCCAUGGACAUCCAGGACGUCGCCAACUCUGGCAUCAGCUGCGUCUACCUCCAUAACGAAGAGCAGAGUGGGAUCUGGAUGUUGGAGGAUGGGAGCGGUAGUGAACUUGAGCUAAAGUUGUUCAAAGGCUUGGUGCGCAUCAGGGUUCCAGGAAAGUGUGCAAUGACCGCCUUUAAGGAGGGAGGUUAAGGGAGUUGGAGGCUGUAGUUCUUUUUAAAGCAUCAGUAAAUGUUGGCAAACCCCAGAAACCUUUGCAGUUCUUUCAAGGUUUUUGGUUCGUCCCAUCAUCCCAUCGUCCACUUUGCCAGCUUCCAUACUGAUCCCCUAAGUGGUGAUCAUGUAUCCGAGAUUUUGUGGAAUUCACAUUUACCCUUUUCUCUGCUUUCAGAAAAAGGUGGUUCUCACAGAGACGGUGGAGGAACUUCUGUGCAUAAGACUGGUGUUCUAUCAUGUUACGGAAAUAGAUAAAGAUGUCAUCUAUACAAUGGUGAAACAAUGGAGGAAGUCUCAGAAGAUUUUGCUUCAUUCGUUUUCCAUUAGUCUCCUUCUCGGAUAUGGAUCAGGUUGUAUGCACUUCAGAGGUCAAGGGCCUUAGUCCUCCAUCCUUCUUUGCCACAAAAAAAAAAAAAAAAAACGCUUGAAGCAGAUGGAGAAGUGGAUGGUCUUGUGAACCCCUGACAAAGAGACUCGUCGAUAUAAUUCUUUAUCGCCUCAUGCUUAGGACGGGAAAGAGGGUGGAUCCUUCCAUGCCGUAGUUUGCCGUCUGGCAGCUGGUCGUUGCUUUAUUCCCAGGACCGAUGUGGGGGUAACAGUGUGGCUCGUUCCUUGCUGAAGAUGUCGAGAUAGGGAGUGUAGAUGGCCGGAAUGGAGACUACGGAGGAGUGGUAAGGAUUUUCUACGGUGGUGGCGUGAAUGGAGAGGGAAUCCAGGUGUGGAGUGUGAACAACAGGAGGAGCAGUGUAACCAUGAUUGGUGCAUGAUGCACUCCAACCCAGGAUCUCUCCUGUGCUCCAGUUGAUGCUGGAAUGAUCUUAGACCUUUAUGGUAAGCAGCGAGGGGAGCCACUUGAUUUCAGCCACUGCUAGCAGCAAGUGCUCAGAAGUGCAGGGUGAAUUGUGGUGUUACCUUUGUGUAGAGUGAUCAAUUCAUCAUGCACAGAGAGAGGGGUGAGUGGGACCUCUUUAAAGUUGUUGGUAAAGGACAGGUAGGUGGCCAUCACUGGAGUGCUGGUAUUCCAUAGAGCAGGGGUCACCA